AUGUCAGAAAUACAACUCUGCUCCCAAUCGAUCGUUCAUUCAUCAGCAACUCAACUAAAUAGAGAUAAAGAUAAUAGAGAUAGAAGAUUAGAAGAUAUAGAUAAAGAUGAACAAGUUAAAAAAGUUAUAUUUAGUAGUGACAAUCAUCAUUGCAAAGCAGCAAAUUAUGAUCGAGGUUGUCUAAGUUAUACAGUGUUUCCACCUUCAGAAUCAUUGAUUCUUAGUAGAUCAUCCUUUGAUGUUGAACUUGCUUUUGAUAGAGUACCAAUAAAAGCAGGAUCAAGUGAAAUCACAACAACUUCUCCCAUUGUUUUAUUAACAGAGUUGGCUGGCGAUGUUAUUCUAUGGGAUAAGAUUGGUAAUCAAAAGUAUCGUCCAACGUCAUUGAUGGUGUUGGGUCAAUUUAAAAUACGAUUUACAUUUACCAAUUUACCAUUGUCACAAGAGAUUUACUUUAUUACAAACCCAAUCUUUUCUUGGCAAUCUGAUAUUUUAGCUGAAUUUGAAGUAUUGGGUCCAAGAUCAAUUGCAUCGUAUUCUACAACAUUGAUCAUUCCACCUAAACCAAUUACCAAUCCAUUCAAGAAUUUCUGUACUUUACAAAUCGAUGAAAACAACAAGUGGUGGAUCAAUGACCGUCCGAGUCAAAUGACUAUCAACCCAUACACAGGUAUCACACCCAAACCUUGUUCUCCAUCGGUCACUGCCUGUCAAUCUAAUCCUACUGAUCCCUACUAUUACCAACUCUACUUUGAUUUUAAUCUUGCCAGUGGUUCCAUCUCAACUUCUUACAAUCAAUUUCAAUUCAAAGGAAAUACUUAUUUCACAAAUGAUUUAAAGGUUGAAUUAAAUGGAGAUGAUACAAGAGUAGAUGUACCAGUAACGAUUGAUAGUGAUUAUUUAAGUUUUUAUGAAGCUAUGGAUUUUGGUGUAUCUAAAUUGUCGGCUGGAGGGUUAUCCAAUUAUUCACCGACUCCAAUGUCCUAUGUCCAAGGAUUGGUUGAUCAAGCCAAAACUGGGAAAUACACAAUCAUUGAAGACGGUCAAACGGUCAACCCAAACAAUAUCAACCUCUUGUCAAUGAAAAUUAAUAGAGAAUCUCAUUCCUAUUUAUUUAAACCAAUACCUUCUGGAGAAGAUAUAAAUAUUAAUAUUAUAAAAGGAGUAAUUUUAAUUCAAAAUCCAGUAUUGUAUGUAACUUGUGCUCCAACAAGUUAUCGUAACUCUUUUUCAAAUAAUGUACCAGUUAUAAACACAACUUACCAUUAUGUCGCUGCUGAUAGUAAUCUAGCAAUGGUGUAUGAAUCAUUCUUGAUGAAUCCUUCAAACACUGCUAUUGUUAGAAACUUAAAGGCAACUAUUGGUUCUGACAUUUUUACCUUUACUUCCUCUUCAACUCAAUCAUCCAAUGGAAUAACAUUUUCAACUUUAUUUAAUGAUAAUGAUAAAAUAAUGAUUUCAAACAAUGUAAAAGAUGUAUUGAUUAUUGAAAAGACAAUUACGGGAACAACAAAGGAUAGGUUGGGAGGAAAUAUUACAACUUUGUUGGAUAUGACUAAUCCAUCCUUUUGUAAUAUGGCUCAUGGUACAGGACUACGUAACCAAAUUGCCGAUAUCAUUCAGUCGGGUUUGGCGACACCCAAUGUCGUCGUUCCCAUCUGGAGUUCAGUGUCUGGUCAAUCGAGAUUCUAUGUUGAUCGUGUUGCUGGGUUGUUAAAGAUGCAUUCGAGAAAUGACUAUGCCGUGGCAACUAUCAACAUUCCAAUGAGUCGUAUGUCAUUUUUAGAGCCAAAGAUUACAGUCGCCGAUUUUAGUAAUCCUCGUACAUCACCUGGUGUUCACAGUAUCAGACAUUACAGGCCGGUCAGUCCAGUCCGUUUGUCACGUCGAUCAAGGUAA